CGGGAACUGGCGCGGCGCGACUUGCGGGAAUCUUUUUGCGAAUCACCGAUAACCAUAGGUACAAAAACUGCGAGCGGCUGGAGGAGGCGAAGCCUCCCGCCGCAUAAGCAAUAUCAGCUGGACCUCGAUUAUUUAGAAAGGAGAGGCGGAAACACAAUAACCUACGAAGGCGCCGAAGGCGGUUCGAAAGAGGAGGACAGUCCCGCGGACACGUUAGAUCGCGUUAAAGUCGUCUUCCUCGGUGCACCCGGCGUCGGAAAAACCAGCAUAAUUCGACAAUUCGUCUGGAGCGAGUUCUCCGAGGAAUACCGGCCGACCGAGAGGCGGGAGACGUUCUAUCCGAGCGUGGUACUGGCGAAUCGAUUGUACGAAUUGAAGAUCACCGAUCUGCCGACAAUUCCGUACUUCCCGGUCAGCUCGCAUCUGGAAUGGACGGACUUCCGUUAUUACGGGCUGCGCAGCGCAACGGCGUACGUGCUCGUGUUUGAUCUCAGCAAUCAGGACACGUUUCAACACAUUAGGACGUUACGCGAUCAGAUUUACGAGGCGCGCGACAUGAGAGGCGUGCCGCUGCUUGUAGUCGGCAAUAAGCAGGACGAACUGUCACAAGCCGUCGCUUCCGGGACCAGGUACCGGGACAUCGUGAACCUCGUCCGGAAGCACUGGAGAUGCGGCUACGUCGAGUGCAGCGCCAGAUUUAAUUGUCGCGUUGUACAGGUAUUUCGGGAGCUAAUGAAGAGCAUUCAGGCGAUAGAGGGCAGGCCAGCUUCGCCGUCGCUCGCCCCUUCGCAACCGAUGCGAUCUCACCCUCACGACACCAGCGAGAAGUGCAUUCUUCUCUGACACUGAGAUUAAAGGAACUCCCGCGCUUUCGAGGACGAGAUCGCGAAGAAUACGAGACGUAGAGAUCGUCGAUCUCGCGAUGUGAUACUCAUCGUCGAUCAACGGUGCACCGAUAUAUAUCACCGGUGAUAUCGAUUCGGCCCCGGAGAUGGCGAAAUCAGGGCGAUGAAGAUCUCGACGUUCGUGUCGCGUUUGUCGCGCGUCGGUCGACGAGGGCGACGAUCGAGAGCAACAGAGGAUGCCACGCGAAGAUGACGAGGUUUUUUCCCCCUUCGAAACCGCGCGUGUCGUCGUGCGAUCACGGGCGGCCGAGCGUGAUUUCGAAAUGAGCGACAAUAAAUAAUCGACACUUCCUACGUAAAUCUACUUCUCAUCACGGGUACAUUGCGGUAAUAACGGUCCCGCGAACUCGAGUUCGAUCGAGGAUCUCGCGGCGGUUUUUGCAGUGAAAAAGGAAGGAAGGAGGAGGAGGAAGAGGAAGAAGAAGAAAGAUCGUUCGCUGAACGUCUCCACGCUCAACGUCUCAAAGAACCCGGUCUCUUCUGACGAACGACAGUGACGAACUUCUCUCAUUUAUCGGUUAUUCCCUUUUCUCCGGCGAUGUCAUUUUGAACGCACGUUGAGUCGGAUCAAGGAUCGCGACGUGAUUUCGGCCGACGACUUUCGCGCACACACACACACACACACACACAUACACACACGGCAGAAGUCAUUCUCGCGCCUUUUCACGCGUCUCACCGGAAUUAAAUAUGCCGAUCUCACAGUGGAGUCUCGCUCAAUUUUUGCGGAGAGAAAGAGCUCGUGUAAAACUAAAGAUUAACGAUCGACAACGAGCGAUAACGCUAAAGAAGACGGACGUUUGUGACGUGGAGAAUAACGAAAUUACGAAAAUACAAAAGAAGAAGCGCGAAAGUGCAGCGUAGAAUUCUCUUUAGCUUAAUCUUCUCUCCUCGGAUUGCACUUAAUAAGAUUAACGAUUGUAAGGAGGAAGGGUGUGAGAGAAAAGAGAGAGAGAGAGAGAGAAAGCGGACGAAGCAAUAGUAUACACACACAUAUAUACACACAUACAAAUAUAUUUUACUAUAUUGUUAAGAGAGUUAACCCGACGAUUGAGCCGGGUCAAAUUGAGGUUAAUUAUUCGCGUGCAACGUAAACCGUUAACGCAUUACGAGACGUAUGUUAUUACACACCGUAACCGUACACCGUAGAUCCGGGCAUGUUACGUGUGUGUGUGUGUUAGCAUUACUACCGUUACUACCGUUUAUAUGUAUUCUAAGACGAUUGCAACACGCAUGCGUAAUAUUUCUAUCUUAGAUCCUGCGAACAGAAGGGACAUCCCUAGAAUUCGUUCAACGCGCCCUUACGACGCGUAAUUAGUUCCACUGCGACGUGCCGUUAUCGCGUGCUUAGAGCAUCGUACGCUAGCAAUAGAAUGUUAUCGUUAUACACACACACAAAUACACACACAUAUAUACAUACACACACACACACACACACAUACACAUACAUACAGACAUAUUAUUAUUUUUGUUCACGCGCUCAAACGAGUUGAGGAAUUACGCGCCGACUCAGCCAAUAGCGGCAUCGCAUACGCACGUAAACGUUCGACCGCGAGUCGCGCGCAAAAAUGCAGAUCAAAAGCGGGAGAAACAUUUUGUAAUACGCAAACAUGUGUUCGUCGGGCUCGUUUCUUUGUUGGAACGAAUAUUACAGACGACGUAAUGUCGGUGAGACUCGACACAAGGAAGAGUUACGGUCGGUAAGGG